CCUCACUCCAGUCCUUAAAAUCCUAAAACUUGAGCAUUUAGAGAUAAACCUCCAGUGACUGCUGCAGAGAUACAGAGAAGACCCGGUGACACUGCAAUGAAAGGAGACGCUGCCAAAGCGGGCAUCCCCAAUGGCACCAUGGCCAAGGUCCAGAAGGCCCCAUCGGAGGAGAAGAUGGAGGAGCGGGGCCAGUGGGAUAGCAAGAUCGAGUUUAUUCUGUCGGUCGCCGGCUCCAUCAUCGGCCUGGGCAACAUGUGGCGCUUCCCUUACCUCUGCUACAAGAACGGAGGAGGUGCCUUCCUCAUCCCUUACUUGAUCUUCCUGUUCACCUGUGGCGUUCCCGUCUUUUUCCUGGAGACGGCCCUGGGCCAGUACACCAGCGAGGGAGGCAUCACCUGCUGGAGGAAAAUCAGUCCUCUGUUUGAAGGUCUUGGCUAUGGCACGCAGGUGAUAGUGGCUCUUCUGAACUUCUACUACAUCAUUGUUCUGGCCUGGGGGAUUUUCUACCUGUCUUUCUCUUUCUCCUGGAACCUGGCCUGGUCGUCGUGCAACAACACGUGGAACACAGAAAACUGCCUGGAGUUUACGAGAGGGAACAGCUCAAUCAACCAAGUCAUCAACCCUAAUGCCACCUCUCCUGUCCUGGAGUUCUGGGAGAGGAGAGCGCUGAGGAUUUCCCCAGGCCUUGACCACAUGGGCUCUCUGAACUGGGACCUGGCCCUGUGUCUUUUCAUCGCUUGGGUCAUGUGCUACUUCUGCAUCUGGAAGGGGGUGAAAUCCACGGGAAAGGUGGUCUACUUCACUGCGACCUUCCCCUAUUUGAUGCUGAUCGUGCUGUUGAUCAGAGGGCUAACCCUGCCUGGUGCCUGGAUCGGAAUCCAGUUCUACCUUUAUCCAGACCUGGGUCGACUUGCGGACCCACAGGUGUGGAUGGAUGCUGGCACCCAGAUCUUCUUCUCCUACGCCAUCUGUCUGGGGUCGCUGACUGCUCUGGGAAGCUACAACAAAUACAACAACAACUGUUAUAAGGAUUGCCUGGCGCUGUGUUUUCUGAACAGUGGCACCAGUUUUGUGGCGGGCUUUGCGAUCUUCUCCAUCCUGGGCUUCAUGUCCUAUGAACAGAACGUUCCCAUCUCAGAGGUGGCAGAAUCUGGUCCUGGGCUGGCCUUCAUAGCGUACCCCCGCGCUGUGAGCAUGAUGCCCUUCUCUCCUCUGUGGGCCGCCCUCUUCUUCAUCAUGAUUGUUUUUCUGGGGCUUGACAGCCAGUUUGUUUGUGUCGAGAGCCUUGUGACGGCCGUCGUGGACAUGUACCCCGCUGUGUUCAGGCGCAAAAACCGUAGGGAGCUCUUCCUGCUCGGCGUGUCCUUGGUCUCCUUCUGCGUGGGCCUCGUCAUGCUGAUGGAGGGAGGGAUGUAUGUGUUCCAGCUCUUUGAUUACUAUGCAGCCAGUGGCAUGUGUCUACUCUUCAUGGCUAUCUUCGAGACUGUCUGCAUCGCAUGGGUCUAUGGUGCAGACCGCUUUUAUGAUAACAUUGAGGACAUGAUUGGCUACCGACCAGGACCUUACAUCAAGUACUGUUGGUUGUUCCUCACCCCAGCCACAUGCAUUGGUACCUUUGCCUUCUCUCUCAUCAAAUACACCCCUCUGAAGUACAACAACGAGUAUGUGUACCCGUGGUGGGGCUAUGCUAUCGGCUGGCUGCUCGCUCUCUUCUCCAUGGUCUGCAUCCCGUUUUGGAUGGUGUACAAGAUCAGCACCACCCCGGGGACAUUCAGAGAGCGCAUCAUGUUGCUCAUCACACCAUCGGACACUUUACCCAAAACCAAGAGGGAGCAGGAGAAGUUACUGGCCAUCUUUGCUCCCGAGGGAGAAGCCACACCGUCCCGAAACGGCUACUGCCCAGUCUCAGAGAUGGACUCCAACCUAUGAGCCCCCCCAUAGUGAAAAGUGUGGCAGAGACAUCAUGUACUUUAAUGCAAAACGGAUAUGGUGGACUCGGGAGAUAAAAGGCCACAGUGUGUCAGGGAUGACAGUAAUGGUACUAAAUACAAAUUAUCGGAUCACUUAGACAUUUUAAAAGGGCAUUUAUUCAGGGACAAAAUAUAUUUACUUUAUGAAUACAUUACCAUACAUUGUUCCGAUCUGCCAUUCACCGAUAAUGUACAUAAACUGAUUCAAGGGCAGCCGUUUUGAAAAUGUUACUAUGUUAUUGAAUCAAUAAGAGGUGGUAAAUCAAGAGACAGACACACAGGUUCAACGAACAGUUUGAAAAGGUUUUUUAAUGAAACAGGUUAAGCAUUUAUUGUGUGUUACCUUUUGAAGUGUCCUUGUGUAUCUGACAUAACUUCAUGGCUCCUGUGCUAUAUUUGUAUCAUAUGUUGUAUUAUCAUAUAAAAUGAAGUGUUUGACGUGAAUAGAUUGUGUAAUGAAAAGUAUAUAAUGUUAGUGAAAAGAUUAGCGCUGCAUAUCUGUAGGAAUAGCAUGACAUAUGCAAUGUAGUUUCAUAUUUUGUACUGUAACAUAAUAUGACUGUACAAAGAAAUGUGAAUCUUGUAAGGAUGUUUUUAAAUAAACAUGCAAAAAUUCCUAAA